GGUCAAGGUACCGCAAAGUCCUAAGUCCAUUGUUGUUCUGCUUAUCUCGUGAAGUUUGGCUUUUUCUUAUCUUGAAUCAUGGAUAUCAAUAUGAGUUGUUCCUCGCGUUGAUAUCUCACUUGUUUGUCUCUUUGUGUGUUCUCAGUCCCGUAUUUCACGUUCGUAUAUCCCCGGGACCAGUUCUAUCGCGACCUCAGAGCUGGAGUUGAUCCGGGAUACGGGAUACCGUCUCUCCCAACAUGUCUUCAACCACCAAAGCUGGGGGGCAGGUAAUAGGAGAGAAUACUUCCCUUCUGAGACCCAAUGAUGAGACCGUUGAUGAUCGGAGCUCCACGACACUGAGCGGCGAUGAAGAAGAGCUUCUUGAUACUGAUAAAUCGAAUCAGCAUGUUGGGCGAGGAAGAGGACUACUAAUUGCGUUGAGUGUCUGGGCUUUAAUAUUCUUACAAGGUUUAAAAUCAUAUUCAUCAUGAGAGAGCAACGCUGAUGACUAUUCUCAGCUUCAAAUAUGUCCGGGAUCACAACCACGCAGUCGAAGAUUGCUGAGGAUCUGAAUGCUUUUGAUUCCGCGAGUUGGUUUACUUCGAGUUACUUGGUGAGCUCCUUCUUCGAAUCGAAUCCAAGGGAGUAGCAUGUGACUUAUACUUUGCUAGAUUGCCAUGUCAUCCUUCUCCCCGUUGGUUGCCCGACUAGCCCAGAUUUUCUCUCCCCGGGACUGUAUGUUUGUUUCGUCCUUCAUCUUUGCUAUCGGUGGUCUUUUGACUUCUCAGGCUCCUGAUUUGAAGGUGUUCUUACUUGGCAGAGUUAUCAGUGGAUUGGCGGCUGCUGGAAUCAUGACCAUCUCAUUUAUCCUUGUGCUUGAGCUGUCGGGGAAAAAGCGAAGAGGUCUAAUUAUCGGGCUUCUAAAUACCUGCUUUACUAUGGGUGUAUCUUUAGGUGCGGUCAUUGCGGGCGCACUACUGAAGGGCUUUGGUUGGGUACGUUCCAUUUUAUUUCCCAAGAUCUGAUUCUGCGCUUGCUAACCAUUUCCAGAGGUUUCUGUUUUGGGUUCAAAGCCCACUUGCAAUACUAGCAGGUUUUGCGAUAUUCUUCACCAUACCCAAAUCAUUUACAUCCGGCCAGAAAAGUACAGCAGAGUUCUCAAUUUCCCAAAAGCUAGCCAGAAUAGACUAUCUCGGUGCAUUUCUUUUAGUAAGUUCCCCGGGUAAUUUUGCCCUGUGUGAAUUCUAACAUGUAUCAGACCAGCGCAUUAAUUCUUUUCCUUUUUGGGAUGUCUUGGCCAAAAAUACUCUGGCUCCCAAUUGUAAUUUCUGUUCCUCUGGUCAUCGCUUUUAUAUUUGUUGAAAUAUAUGUUGCCAGUGAACCCAUAAUCCCAGUCACAGUAUUAAAAUCUAGAGGGGCCCUCCUUUCAUGUAUCGCCCAGCUAGGAAUCAUGUCUGCACGUUGGAUGGUACUUUUCUACACCCCAACCUACGCAAUCGCAGUACUCGGCUGGUCCCCCACUUCAGCAGGAACCAUUUUAAUUCCCACGAAUGUUGGGUUUGCAACCGGAGGAAUCCUUGUGGGAUGGCUUCACAUCAAGAAAUCGCGAUCAUACUGGCUGUAGGUUUGUACCUUCCAUUUGAUAGCAAUACUAAUCAGUCUUAGCGCAUCAAUAUUAUCUUUCACACUAUUCGCUCUCACGCUCCUAACACUCUCUCAAAUAUCAAAUAACUCCACCCCACCACCACUCUACUACUUCGUUGUCUUCCUCAACGGUCUCUGCACCGGUGCAGCUCUGAACUAUACACUCUCCCACCUCUUGCAUCUCACACCCCCAGCAACACAUUUCAUCACCAUAUCCCUCUUAAACACUUUCCGCGGCUUCGCAGGCUCCUUCGGUACCGCUAUUGGCAGUGGUUUCUUCGUUAGAGUUUUGAAACGCACACUCGAAACGGGAUUUGAGAAAACGGGCGGUUUGGAAGGACGAGAAGAUUUAGUCAGGAGAUUACUAGGUAGUCCAGCUCUCGUGCAGAAUUUGAAAGGUGUGGAAAAGGAUAUUGCUAUGAAGGGGUAUAUGGCGGGGUUGAAGGCUUUGUUCUUGGCGGGGGUUGGUGUUGCUGUUGUUAUGGUUUUUGUGCAGUCUGGUACUGGGUGGAUUGCGCCUGCUGAUGAGAAGGAGGAUGAGAGGGGGGAACGAGAGGUAUUGAUUGAGGAGACUAUUGGGGAGGAGGGGUUGUAA